AUGUCGCUCUGCAGUGUCCGAGAGCGGCUUCGCCGCACGCCGCUGUCGGACGCCGUUGUGCGCCGCAUCCGCGCGCUCGGCCUCGGCCGGGAGCGGGGCGGCGCCGUGCGCCUCUCCGACGAGCAGCUGCGCGAGGGCCGGCGGCGCGAGCUCGGGCGGAUGGGCCUGAUCCGGGCGGCGGCCAACCUCGACGAGCUCCCGCGCGCCGCAGAGGCUGAGCUCGCCCUCGCCGGUCGCUCGAAUGUCGGCAAGAGCUCACUGCUCAACGCGCUGGUCGGGAAGCGCUCGGGCGGGACGACGACGCGUGGGCUCGCGCCGGUGCAGAACAGGCCGGGCGUGACGCGGUCGCUCAACUUUUAUGGCUCGGAGCGGCGCGGCGCGCGGAUUGUCGACAUGCCUGGCUACGGGUUUGCAUUCGCCUCGGACGGCGCGACUGCGCAGUGGCAGGCUGCGAUGCGCGAGUUUGUCGUCUCGCGGGGCGGCCUGCUGCGCGUGCUGCUCUGUGUAGACGCGCGGCAGAGCCUGCGGGCGCUCGACCGCGAGUUUCUGCUGAUGCUCGACCGCGAGGUGCCGCGGACCUGUAGCCCUUGGCGCGGAGGCGGUGGCGUGGCCGAGGGAAGCGUGUGGCGGGCGGCGGCCACGCCGACGCCGACCCCUGCGUGCGCGCAGGCGGGCGUGCCCUGCCUCGUGGUGAUGACCAAGUGCGACCUCGUGCCCACCAGCGAGCUCGCGCGCCGCUUCGCGGCGGACUUGGCGGAGCUCGGCCUGCGCGGCUUGCGCGCGGGCGUGCACAUGGUGUCGAGCCGCACGACCGCGGGGGUGCCAGAGCUGCGCAGGGCGAUCGCGCGCGAGAUGCCAAAAGGAUGGCUACGAGCGCAGCAGUCGCGGCCGCUCUCGGCGGCGGAGGCAGUUUGGUGGGCUGGCGUUGUGCAAAACUCACAAGACAAGACUUGCUUCAAAAAUGCGGAGAGAGAGGGCAGUUAG